UUUCCUGCUGCUCCUUGUUUGGGCAGGGAACAGCUGAAUGCAGAGAUCAGUUCUAGUGCCUCUUCAUCUCAGAGUGUGCAAAGUUACAGAUGCAUAUGUUAAAUGGAGCGCUCUUGGCACUGCUGUUUCCUGUUGUGAACACGCGCCUGCUACCAUUUGAAAUGGAAAUUUAUUACAUCCAGCAUGUGAUGCUCUAUGUUGUGCCCAUCUACCUGCUGCGGAAAGGAGGUAUCUACACUCCAGAACCACUCCACAAUUUCUGGUGGGCUCUUCUAUCUACUGGGCUUAUGUUUGUGUAUCAUUUUAGCAUCUUGCAGAUUCUGGGAUUGGUCACAGAAGUGAAUUUGAACAACAUGUUAUGCCCAGCCAUCUCAGACCCUUUUUAUGGGCCCUGGUAUCGAAUCUGGGCAUCUGGACAUCAGACUGUCAUGACCAUGACUCAUGGGAAACUUGUAAUCCUGCUGUUUUACAGUGCUCUCCCCAUCUUUAAAUGUAGCAUGGACUUGUUUAGAUUCCCCACUAAGAAAAUAGACUGAAAAUUCUCCUCAGGGAAUAAUAGAUACAGAAAGCAGAGGCACUUAUACUGAAGAGAAAGAGGAGGGAUGAGAGGACAGUGUGUUUAUACUUCUUCCCACAGUUUACUGCCUCAGAAACACCUUUGUAAUCAAGUGAGUGUUUUUUCUUUUAACUGCUGUUUCUCACUGUUAAUUGCCAAUGGCAAAAUUAGUGGCCUUAUUCUGGAAAUGAUUCGUGUUUUGUACAGUUUGUGUAGGCUACAGUGGCUAAGCCACCCUUUAAA